AUCGGUAUGGUCACAUGAAAACUGCAAGUUCUCGAAGAUAUUAUCUUCGUUGAGGUCGCUGUCUUUAUACAAAACACUUUCUAUAUGCAGCAUUCACAGCGUAUGAGAAGCUUGAGCAAUAUGACGUCUGAAAAUUCGCCGCUUCUUAGUCUGGAUCAACCGGCAGUUCAGCCUUGCUUGAGUCGUCGGAGAAAUACCACAGAAGGUUCUAAUUCUCUGCAGUUGGAGACUAGUCGAGAGGAUGUGUCGACUCGGGGCUUAGUGACAGAACCUGGAAGCCUUCAAAAAAUAUCCUCAAAAUAUGAGAGUUUAGACUAUGAUACUGCUGAAAAUACACUUUACUUCAAAGAACAAAAGUCAUACACACCCGAGGAAAGACUUCGUAUCAACAUCAACAGAUGGGUCGUCAUGUUUGUCAUUGGCUUUGUUACUGGACUUAUCGCCUUUACUAUUGACAUGUUAAUCAUACUUUUAGCUGACAAGAAAUAUACUCUUAUUAAAAAAUAUAUCGACUUAUGCACCAGUGGGGACUGCAUGUCCGCACCCUUCUCCUUAUGGGUUGCUCUCGAUGUUUUGUUUGUUCUCAUUGCAGCUGUGCUGGUUGUCUAUGGAGAGCCUGUAGCUGCUGGGAGUGGUAUUCCGCAGAUCAAAUGUUACCUCAAUGGAGUAAAAGUGCCACAUGUUGUCAGAGUGAAGACCUUGAUUUGCAAAGUAGUUGGUGUAAUAUUUUCAGUUGCUGGCGGCCUAGCUUGUGGUAAAGAAGGCCCCAUGAUUCAUGCUGGAGCUGUAGUUGCAGCAGGUAUCUCGCAAGGGAGAUCUACAACAUUCAACAAAGACUUCAAAUUAUUUGAGUACUUUCGUGAAGAUCAUGAAAAAAGAGAUUUUGUUUCUGGAGGAGCAGCAGCUGGGGUAUCAGCAGCAUUUGGAGCCCCCAUUGGUGGAGUGCUCUUUAGUUUGGAAGAAGGAGCAAGCUUUUGGAAUCAGAGUCUAACAUGGCGAAUGUUCUUUGCGUCUAUGGUUUCCACAUUUACGCUGAAUGUACUGUUGUCCAUUUUUAAUGGUGAUCCUAUGGACCUUUCAAACCCAGGACUUAUCAACUUUGGUACAUUUGAGGGACAGACAUACUCAAGCUAUGAGAUUCCUUUGUUUUGUGUGAUGGCAAUAAUUGGUGGCUUACUUGGAGCUCUUUUCAAUGCAAUCAAUCACCACCUGUGCAUAUUUAGAAUGAGGUUUGUCAAAAAGAACUGGGUUCGUGUUGUUGAAGCACUCAUAGUUUCAGUCAUGAGUGCUACCGUUGCAUUUGUACUAAUCUACUCUUACCACGACUGCAAACCAAUAGGAGCGGCAAACAUUUCAAGGCCCUUACAGUUUUUCUGUGAGGAUGGCCAGUACAGUGCUAUGGGGACUUUGGUCUUCAACACACCAGAGGAGUCUAUUAAAAACCUCUUUCACUUACCAGAGAGUAAGAGAGUUUAUAAAGUACAUAUUAGAUUGCAAAACAGUAUUUCACUUUUUUCAGACAUCUUCCCUGUUUGCUUGACCCUCACAAGCCAAAGGAACCCAGCACGUAGUUUCCCUGGUCACAGCAGAUUAUUUCUUGGAAAAUUAAUUUCAUAUGUUCUGACCUCACGUUCAAUUCUUUUCUCUUUAGCCUCUUAUCACGUGGCCACGUUGGCUGGUUUUGCUCCAGCCUAUUUCUUAUUGGCCACUUGGACUUACGGUUUAUUCGUACCCAGUGGUCUUUUUGUCCCGUGCAUUCUAACCGGAGCAGCCUGGGGACGACUGUUUGGGGUGGCCUUGAGGAAGUGGUUUCCUAGGGGGCACUGGGGAGACCCUGGAAGCUACGCUCUUAUAGGAGCCGCGGCCACUCUUGGCGGUGUUGUCCGAAUGACCAUCAGUCUGACCGUUAUUUUAAUGGAAGCCACUGGAAAUAUCAGCUUUGGUAUUCCUAUCAUGAUCGUUCUUAUGAUCGCCAAAUGGGUUGGUGAUUUCUUUAACGAGGGUUUGUACGAUAUUCACAUCAAACUGCAAGGUGUUCCUUUACUUGGCUGGGAUGCGCCUGUCAUGGCUGUCGGAAUGAACGUUAGUGAUAUUAUGAGUAGAAAGGUGGUUUGUUUUAAAUCAGUCGAAAAGGUUGGACGAAUAGUUGAUGUGUUAAAAGACAAAAGUUCACACCACAAUGGUUUUCCUGUGGUAGAUUAUCUGGACACGUCUGGUGAAGAGGUAUAUUUAUUUAAUACUAGCACUGUACAUAAGUGGUUGGUCAUUACAUAUUUAUGCCUUGUUCAAGGUGGAGUGCUCUUUAGUUUGGAAGAAGGAGCAAGCUUUUGGAAUCAGAGUCUAACAUGGCGAAUGUUCUUUGCGUCUAUGGUUUCCACAUUUACGCUGAAUGUACUGUUGUCCAUUUUUAAUGGUGAUCCUAUGGACCUUUCAAACCCAGGACUUAUCAACUUUGGUACAUUUGAGGGACAGACAUACUCAAGCUAUGAGAUUCCUUUGUUUUGUGUGAUGGCAAUAAUUGGUGGCUUACUUGGAGCUCUUUUCAAUGCAAUCAAUCACCACCUGUGCAUAUUUAGAAUGAGGUUUGUCAAAAAGAACUGGGUUCGUGUUGUUGAAGCACUCAUAGUUUCAGUCAUGAGUGCUACCGUUGCAUUUGUACUAAUCUACUCUUACCACGACUGCAAACCAAUAGGAGCGGCAAACAUUUCAAGGCCCUUACAGUUUUUCUGUGAGGAUGGCCAGUACAGUGCUAUGGGGACUUUGGUCUUCAACACACCAGAGGAGUCUAUUAAAAACCUCUUUCACUUACCAGAGACCUCUUAUCACGUGGCCACGUUGGCUGGUUUUGCUCCAGCCUAUUUCUUAUUGGCCACUUGGACUUACGGUUUAUUCGUACCCAGUGGUCUUUUUGUCCCGUGCAUUCUAACCGGAGCAGCCUGAGGACGACUGUUUGGGGUGGCCUUGAGGAAGUGGUUUCCUAAGGGGCACUGGGGAGACCCUGGAAGCUACGCUCUUAUAGGAGCCGCGGCCACUCUUGGCGGUGUUGUCCGAAUGACCAUCAGUCUGACCGUUAUUUUAAUGGAAGCCACUGGAAAUAUCAGCUUUGGUAUUCCUAUCAUGAUCGUUCUUAUGAUCGCCAAAUGGGUUGGUGAUUUCUUUAACGAGGGUUUGUACGAUAUUCACAUCAAACUGCAAGGUGUUCCUUUACUUGGCUGGGAUGCGCCUGUCAUGGCUGUCGGAAUGAACGUUAGUGAUAUUAUGAGUAGAAAGGUGGUUUGUUUUAAAUCAGUCGAAAAGGUUGGACGAAUAGUUGAUGUGUUAAAAGACAAAAGUUCACACCACAAUGGUUUUCCUGUGGUAGAUUAUCUGGACACGUCUGGUGAAGAGGAUGCCGCUCCCACCAACAACCCGGCCACAUUUGGGACUUUCCGUGGUUUAAUCUUAAGAUCUCAACUUAUUAUUCUUCUGAAGCAAAAAAUAUUCUCCGAAAAUAACAUACCACUUAAAAGACAUGGAUUGAAACUAAAGGAUUUCAGAGAUGCCUACCCAAGAUUCCCUCCGAUCAGGAAUGUUAGUAUAUCACAGAAAGAAAGAGAAUGCUACAUGGAUCUUAGACCUUUCAUGAACCCGAGUCCUUAUACUGUGAAUGAGAAUUCAUCACUUUUACGGGCUUUCAGGUUGUUUAGGGCCCUGGGACUUAGGCACAUUGUUGCGAUAAAUGAAAACAACGAGGUUGUCGGCAUGGUUACAAGAAAAGACAUUGCCCGUUAUCGAAUGUGGAGUCACCGCGGUCAGAUUGGCUUGGAGGAAGUUCAUAUUCUGGAAGCUAACUCCAUACAUGAUUCCUUCUGAUUACUUAAUAUUCUAGCUCAUGGUAACGUUCCUGAGGGACACAGUCAUUAUGGCGCUGUGCAAGAGAGAAAAAUCCCCCAUAUAGACCUUCUUCUCAAGUUAACCUGUCUCAAAUUAUUUUUAAACAUGGUACCCAGUUCUUUCACCGAUGUUACCACG